AUGAAAAAUAAAUUAGGGGAUCGAAAGACUCUGGCUCGAGCUCUUCGAGUCGCGAAUAGGGCGAUAGGCGUGUCGAGUGUAACUUACCUACCCCCAGCCUUUGCCUUCUUUCGUGUCUUCAAAAACGUCAACGCAGGCAUUGUCAAGGGAACAUCGAGACAGGUAGACAUCCUGUCGUUCCAUUCCUCGCCUUUCGUUUCAUUCAUUUCAGCCUAUUUCAAUUCGUCGUUACACAUUUCUGGUUCUAGGACGCUAGCCGAGUCGCCUAAAAAGCGACAGCUUACAGGCCCCGGUGUCGUGCCAUCGUCAGCCACACCCACAUCGUCACCCCGUCACCCAAUUUUUCAUCCUUUCCCCUUUCACCACCAAUCCCGGACACGCAAAACUUUGAUUUUAGCAAAGUGGGGCCAUAUACACAGACCCGAAAGCAAAAGCGCUGAUUGCAUUUCGGUUUCGAGGUUUCCAAAUCCCCAGCACAUCCCCCUCGUGAUCCCCACCUUCCCUCCCUCCCCCUCGGUGUCCUCGACUCUUCGUUUGGUGUUUCGACUUUCGACUCCUUUUGGGUUGAAGGCACAGUAUCUCGGACCACACGCAUUGCACUGCGUUGCCAGUGGACCUUUGGAUCAAGAAAUCAGCGGAAACGCCGCCUCGCAUCGAGCUCUGCACGAGGAUACCAAGAUACCCUCUUCUGGUUUUGGCUAUCAAUCGAGUGUCUGGAUCCAUCCGGGGACAGCUUUCUACGGUCUUUCGAUCUUCACUUCAGUCCUCCAAACCUUCUUCGGGUUCUACGCAGGAUUCGUGAACGGGAACUCUCCUUACCUCUACAUCUUCGGCAAACUCGCAGCCGGCUUCUCCAUCUUCACCUGGCUCUGGCUCUCCGUCCUUAUGUACUUCAACCGGCGCCCCCUCUCCACGCACUUCCUCGCCCGCUCCCUAGCGCACUUUGUCUCCUUCGUCGGCCUAGGAAUCGUCUGGAUCUCCAUCGGCACGAUGCUCGCUACGCAGAUGCCACCCGAGUGCAACAAGAAUGCGACGCCGAAGGGUGUAGGGCCGUGGUGCGCCGCAGCGUGCUUCUCGUCCGCGUUGGCGUUCUUGAGUGGGAUAUUCUCGCUGUCAGCCGCGUACAUCGUCUAUCGCGCAGCCCGUACUUCAGGAGCGGGUCUCGAGAUUAACGUCGCUCAAGCUAACAAGCUCAGGAUGGAAGGACCCGACUUGUACUAG